UAGAAUUCAGUUACAUCUGGCUCGGUAAACAGAAAGCAACCAAAAAAAUUAAAGAAUACAUUUCUUUACUUAUAUAUAUUUUCUUCUAUACGAAAUUUCGCAACCCAACUCCGUUCAAGAAAAUCCCGGAGUGUUUUUAUACCAUAACUGCCAUGGCGAUGAAGAUGAUGAACCGAAACCAGAACCAGCUGAAGAUGAAGAUAAACUACACCCAUUUUAUGGUCGAGCCCAUUUUCCCAGUGCCGCAAAUGUCGUCGGCAACUUUGAAGGCUCGUCGGGCCGUCGUCGAAUCAUAUAGAGGUCCCCAAAUUGCUCCCGAUGAUGCCAUGCUCCCAAUGCCGCCGCACAACAGGGCCCAGAGUAUGGGUGAGAUUCUGCAGGAUCUUCGGCAGAGAGUCAAGAAUCUGAAGCUCUGGCCUCGGGCCAUUCGUCUGCUGAAGAGACGAGUCUAG